AGGGGGCGUCACGCUCUCGCGGCUCUUCCUGCAUUCCGAUUGGCUCAGACCGUAGGUGUGUCUGGAAAGGGGGGAGAGGCGGGAGGGUGCUCAAACGUUUCCACGGCUACGGCGCGAGCUGCUUUUCGUGACGCGACUUCCGGGAGUUUGUUCGGGGCGCUCGGCAGGCGGCGGGGAGUGGGGAGUUUGACAGCGGCGGACAAACAAGGACGCGUGGAAGGAGACACACGUUCGUUUCCCUUGUUCUCUGUUCCUCCGUACAGAGGGAGUCCUUCUGUAGCCUGCCGAGAACUCUGCCAAUAUGGACGCACCGCAACUCCAGGCUGAUGUGUGAGUUGGCCUCAGACCCAGUCCACCAUCGACAUGGUAGACAUAGAGAGCCCCUACAGUCCUCUGUCCCCUCUGGAGGACUCUGUGCUGAACAGCCCGCUCUACACGGACUUCGUGGUUUCGGGAAACCUCCAAGACAUCUCAGAGCCCAUCAAUGAAGAGGCACUCAGCAACCUAGAUGUAUCCGAGUACCACUCAUCCGGCCUGUGCUCCAGCUCCGAGAGCUCCACGGUGCCAGAUGCUCUAACUCCAGCCUCGAGUCCGUCUUCAGUUGUGUGCGGGGUCGUAGCAGGACAGGAGGAGUUCACCUCUGCUUCUCUAAACCUGGAGUGUCGUGUGUGUGCGGACCGAGCCUCAGGAUAUCAUUAUGGUGUCCAUGCUUGUGAGGGUUGCAAGGGCUUCUUCAGGCGCACGAUCCGCCUCAAGCUAGAUUAUGACAAGUGUGAACGCCACUGCAAAAUCCAAAAGAAGAACCGGAACAAGUGCCAAUACUGCCGCUUUCAAAAGUGCCUAGCUGUGGGCAUGUCCCACAAUGCCAUCCGCUUUGGCCGAAUGCCCCAGUCCGAGAAGCUGAAGCUGAAGGCAGAGAUACUAACUGGGGAGAGGGAGGUGGAGAAUCCUCAGUUAGCUGACCAGAAAACCCUGGCCAAACAGAUCUACGAGGCUUAUCUGAAGAACUUCAGCAUGAACAAAUCUAAAGCGCGGACCAUCCUGACAGGCAAAACAAACACACCACCCUUUGUAAUCCAUGACAUGGAGACUUUGCAUCUAGCCGAGCAGACUCUGGUGGCAAAGAUGGUUGGCACUGCAGGUGGACUGCUUGAUAAGGAUGCAGAAGUGCGGAUCUUCCACUGCUGCCAGUACACGUCGGUGGAGACCGUCACAGAGCUCACUGAGUUUGCCAAGUCUGUUCCAGGCUUCUGCAACCUCGACCUGAAUGACCAGGUAACACUGUUAAAAUAUGGUGUGUAUGAGGCACUCUUUGCCAUGCUGGCCUCUUGCAUGAAUAAAGAUGGAUUGCUGGUUGCCUAUGGCAGUGGCUUCAUCACACGAGAGUUCCUAAAGAGCCUGCGACGACCUAUUAGUGACAUGAUGGAGCCCAAGUUCCAGUUUGCCAUGAAGUUCAAUGCACUGGGACUGGAUGACAGUGACCUGGCCCUGUUUGUGGCAGCCAUCAUCUGCUGUGGAGAUCGCCCAGGCCUGAUGAAUGUCCCAUACAUCGAGCGGAUGCAGGAGAGCAUCGUCCACGUCCUGCAGCUCCACCUACAGAAUAACCACCCAGACAAUUCCUUCCUCUUCCCUAAACUCCUGCAGAAACUAGCUGACCUGCGUCAGCUAGUCACAGAGCAUGCCCAGUUAGUGCAAGAGAUCAAGAAAAUGGAGGACACGUCACUGCAUCCUCUGCUCCAGGAAAUCUACAAAGACAUGUACUAAAGGAUACUCAUGAGCUACUAAAUUGUACAGGGCAUGGUAAAGGAACAAGAGACCAAGGGAGUGGAUUUAGCCCUAAACCUUUUCUAGUGAUUGAGGGCGAGGACUUCUCUGACACCUCAGAUGUUCAUUUGUUCCUAAAAAAUUAGGAAAUGCUCUCAGGGGACUCCGGAAUCUGUCCUUGUUAAAGACACAGCGUAACCCUAUCGGAAGGGCUGCCAAUAAACCACUAUGCACAAGAGACAGUGGUGUCCAGAAAGUAAAUGCCAGCCAGCUGUACAGAAGGGAUGGAAAUCAGGUAGAGGGGAUUUCUUUAGAAAGGACCAGUGUCAGGAUAGUCCUAAUUCACACUGCACUAAAGUUUCAUUUGUACUUUUUUUUGACUCAUGGUUUAUUAUACUUUCUAAAAAUGUACACUAAUCUUCGUGAACUUCUUCAUGGGUUAGAGACUGUGAAAACAAGCCUACAAAAUCAGGCUUGUUGAUACAGCAAUAUGUCCUUUAAACACAAAUAAGGGUGCAUUUGCGUGACACAGACCUGGCGAAGCCUUUGUAUAUCCAAGACAUGCAGUAGUGGUAUAGUAAUGGUUUGGUUGUUCAGCAAGAAUAGGAACAUGAAAUCUGUAUUACAUAAAUGUGCAGAAGAUAGCAACAAGUGGGUUCAUAUCAGGUUGAAAAAAAAAAAGAAACUACAGGGCUUGUAAAUGUGUUUUCUAAAAAUUCAUAAUAAGUUCACCAACUCAUGAUUAUUAUGUACACAACAGUCAAAUGACCCUUCAUAAUCUUGAAAUAUUUGUGGCAUGAAUGUUAGCAUUUGUUCCUGGGGUUGUAUGAAUCAGGCUGCUCAGUUAGAGUAAAGGUCAUGAGUUUGGGUCAGUUUGUGCCUCUGUUUCUAAAUAUAAUAGACAAGGUAGAGCUGAUAAUGUGUCAGAAGUAUUUCUAGGAUGUUUUAUUAUGUUGCCUCUGAUAUAUUUCCAAGGCAGUUUUAUUAACACCUGGUUAGUUCGCUCAGGUUCAAAAUCGUUUGCCUGAUGUCAGCUCAGUGUUUGUCAUUGCAUCAAUGACAGCCAGAUACUGAUGCAGUGAAGCAAUGUAAAAUAUGCAACAACAAAAAAAAAUGUUAUUACACUCCUUUUUUUGUAAGCUAAACUUGAUAUUUCACAAGUUCCUACAUUUUGCUAAAAAAAAAAAAAAAGAAAAGAAAGAAAGAAAUUUAAAAAUUAUUAAUUUGCUUAUGGCAGGGCGCUUUCUUAUUAGUAGCAAAACCACCUUAAAAGCUCUUAAUAGAUUAGUGAUCACCUCUAGACUCUGCGUUCUUUUCUUGGUGUAAACCUGGAUGCAAUAUAUGUGAUACCACCUGUCCUGAUUUUUCUAGUGCUGGUACCCAAGCUUUUCACUGGACUCUACACAUCUAUCCAGUUUCCAUGAGAUGCUCUGCAACACAAAAUCCAGUCAUAUGUAUACUAUCUAAGUCUUGGAACAAAACUAAUUUGCGCCUUUUUCUAGAUUUUAAACAGCUAGCAUUUCUGCUGUAAAUGUAGAACUUGAAGCUUAAUAAAGCAGGUCUUUUGGGGCCAUUGGUUGCUGCAAUUUCUUAUUGCAGGAACUUAUUUCUUUCUGGUGAGAUCUAGUGUCCUCCCUCGGUUUAGCCACAGCUCCUCUGUAUUAGUGAGAGGGGCAUUGCGAAAUUCUUCCUGAAGGAGGGCUGAGGAUUUGUGUCGCUCCAGUCUUGCACUCAGAACCCUGCAGUUUCAAGCGGUAAUCAAUGGCUGGGACAAUCAGUGUUUUAAAUAAAUGAAAAAUAAAUGACAGAUUAACACACAAAGCAGUCAAGCUACAUUUCGAAUAUGAAAUAAUAAGGAAUCUUUGAUGGGCGUAUUUAUCAAGAAGGCUGGUGGCAGAUUAAUCACAACAAAUUUUUAAUAAACAUUUAGGCCUAUGUGGAGUGAUGAAACACUAUGGCCAAAAGUAUGUGGACACCUGAUCAUCACACCCAUGUUUGUUGAACGUUGAAUUCCAGAUUUAAUCCCCUCCACUCUUCUGGGAAGGCUUUCCAGUAGAUUUUGGAGAGUGGCUGUGGGGAUUUGUGUUCAUUCAGCUACAAGAGCAUUAGUGAUGUCAGGCACUGAUGUCUGGAGGACUGGGGUGCAGUCGGUGUUCCGGUUCAUCCCAAAGGUGUCCAGUGAGGUUGACAUUCGAGUUCUUCCACUCCAACCUUGACAAAUCAUGUCUUCAUGGAGCUUGCUUUGUGCACAGGGGCAUUGUCAUGCUGGAGCAGGUCUGGGCCUCUUAGUUCCAGUGAAGGGAAAUAUUCUAUUUAGUUGUGUGCAUCCAAUUUUGUGGCAACAGUUUGGGGAAGGAACACGUGUGUGAUGGUCAGGUGUCCACAAACUUAUGGCCAUGCAGUGUAGAUUAGGAGAUGGGUGAUUUUCUGGUGGACACAUUUUAAUUAAAUUUAUUUAGAGCAACAAUUUUAUUUAUUUAACUUUCUGAAAUCAGGUGUAGGCAAAGAUGUAAAAAGUAUUUUAAUACAUUAGUACAAUACAAAACUAGUAUGCAAUAGGAUGGAAAGAACAUUCAAUUGCCCUGGUUUAAAUUGGUUUUUAAGGUUUUAUAAACUAAUCUCUCUAUGUAAUUUUUAUUUAAUAAGCAAAUAGCCCUCAUUUGUGUCAGAAUCAGUUGAACAAAACAUUCGGCCAGAGACAUCAUCAAUAACUGCAUUAGACCAAUAAUUCACAAAUACUUUAGAAAUUGUAAUAUGGCAAGAUAAUCGUCGCACUGUUAACAUUUCCAUGAAAUAUAGGCAGAAAAGUCAAGCCGAUGCUGUUGGGUUAAUUCCUCCUGCCUUUUUUUUUUUCUCAAUAAGAAUUUUGCUUUUGGCAUGGAAUUAGUAUAUGCAUGUAUAUAUUUGGCGCAUCUGAAUGUAAGCCUCCAUAUAUGUGAAAGAUUCAAUUAUCUGAGAGAUGAACGCUCACCUCGCUUCAGAUGCCCCCCCUCUCUCAUGAUACUCAGGUAUCAGAAGAAUAUUCUACUGUACCUGUAUGUUAUGUUUAUAGCAUAUGAUUAGCAUGUAAACUGUCUUAACCAGAACAAUUAAAAAAACAAAAAAAAAAAACAAAAAAAAAAAAUUAAUUAUUGGUACAUAGCAAACCUUUACGCUGAUCCUUCAAGCUGGAUCUGAAAGCGCUGUAAGAAAUGGACAGCUCUACAUUUGUAUUUAUUUUCACAAAUACAGUGACAGUGGCCAUAUUUCCUUUUAAAGGGACCUAAAUGCAAUUUUUGCCUGUAUAUCAUGUGAUAAAUAUUUUGAAAUUGCAUUCAUAUCACCAACAUGGGUAGUGUGGGCACCAUAUACACUUAUAGUUGUUUUUAAUGGUGUAAUAUUUUUAUACUAAAGCAAGACUCUGUUAAUAUAUAAAAUCUUGUCAAAUAGUUGGGAUUUAUUCAAUUGAGUACAAUUUAAAAUAGUGGAAUGGUUAGCCAGCUAGCAGAAUGUACUGUCAUGAAGAGAAACAUCUAUGUGAACAUGUUUUCUAUGUCCCAAUCUUCUUUCUGUUGGUGCCACAGCACCGAGGAGAUUUAACCAUUUACCCAGGGGUAGUACUCAGAGACAGAACCCCUUGUUUUGGAGUGUAUGAAAUCUUAGCCCAUAUGACAGGUUUUAGUCUCAGGUAGAACCUCUAAAACCACAUGCACACUUGACGGUUAUGAUUUUCAAUAACUGACAUCCUGACCUUCGUGUCAUCUAGUGUCUGUUCAUGGUGCUUCCUGUGGACAGUACAGUUAUGUUGGUAGAAACAGUUCAUUCAUUGUGUAACUUUGUAGUUACACAAUGAAAGAAAUAGUAUGUGUGUGUUGAUUUUCAUAAUUAGCUGUUUCACUAAAGCUCAUUAAAGCACAUGUAAUUACAUGUUGUAUAAUUACACUAUCCUGCAGUUUCAGCACUUACUGUACUUGCAGUACUGAAAAGAAUUGUCUUAAGACGAAUUGCGAGUUCAAUUCAAUUCAUAAUCCUAGGUUAGUACUAAUAGAUUUACUAUGAUUAGACAUUAUCAUUACAUUAUCAUCAGACGUUAUUAUUAUUUAUUAUAAUGGAUGCAUUGGUAUAUGAACAUGUUGUCUUGUCAGUUUGGGUGUGAUUUAUGCUAUUUAUACUUUAAGGAUUGCAGAUAUGUCAGACACAUGGAUGAAAGGAAUCUGAUUUAACUGCCUUUGUCAAACCUAAGCCAAGAGUCAAUACCUGUGCCUUAGCUACAGACUUUCUGAACAUACUGUAUAUUAUUUAACAGUUUGUGGUCAAGGUUGCAAACACAAUUUAAUAGCCCAAAUGCUGCAUUUUUGUUCAUGCUACCCACAGUGACAAGAACUGAAAGAAUAUUGGCGUUGGUGUGUAAUUGAGUGCUUAGAGAAUAGCAAAUAUGUUGUGGAUUAAAAUAAUAAUUGCACACAUGAAAAUUCCAUUUUGUUUUCAUAAUAUUUCAUUGGAAAGGGAUUUUAACAAUACCGUAUCAGGGGAAAUGUUGCAGAAUUUAUGCUAGCACAGGUCAGAACUGGUUAGGCAACAGUUCUUUAGACAGCACAUAACGUCAUUUAAAAGGAAAGAUGUAUCCAGAUACAAAAACCUUUUGUCAUUUUUGACUUCUUUUCAACAGAUUAAUAGGAUGUAUUUAAAAAACCCACACUAUCUGUAAACAUUAAAAAUCUAUUUGUAAAAUUCAAACAUGGCAUUGCUGUUUUUUUUUUGUUUGUUUGUUUGUUUGUUUGUUUGUUUGUUUGUUUUUGUCAAAUAUUGUAUAAAGCCUGUUUAGAGACACUUGCAGACAGAACCACAGUCCAGGGAAAAUGGUUAAAGAGUCAAUGAAAAUACCUGCCAGACAGUAGUUGUUUGCCAGGUAGAGAGUUCAAAUGCAUGUCAAUAUUCCCAGGUUCUUGUUGUGUUUGUCCACUAAGAGCAUCACCUAUUCAUCCAUGUAGCUGUAUGAGAGGUGCAUGUGGGCCAAGUGGGCCUUUCUAUAUUUAAGAACACUGUGGGAACGUCAUGUGCAAGUCUCGUGGAGAGUUUCCAUGGCGCAAAUGUGGGCAGUCAGAGGAGAUAGAUGGUUGAAAGAUAAUACAACACCUGAGUCUACUAACACAUACUGGCUCCAACCCAGUCUUUCCUGGGCUAGACUGCAGCCUGUCAAUCGGGACUUUCCCCUAAUUAGAGAGCGGGGGAUGGUGGGCAUUGAUUAAUUUUGCAAGGAGAAGACUAGGGCUCAGGUACCCAUUCCCAGGAGGGGUUCUCCCUAAAAGGCUAGGGAGUAAUGGUUUCUUUCAUUUGGCUUUAUCAAGAAGGUGGCUCUGGUGCACUCUGUGCUUUCCAUACUGCCUGCUUACUUAUGUGGUUGACUUUCCCAAGCUUUUCACAAAUCUGAAGGGAAGGGUAGGCAGACAGUGACCCAUAGCCAUUCUUGGGUCAUGCACCAGUCGAGUCAUGACUCCACGUCAUUGUCUAGAGUAAGUGAUGAGCAACUUACUAUACUGGGUACUACUGUAUACCAGACUGUGAGGCUGCUAGACUACUAGCCACUGCUCCUGCUGAGGUUGCUGUCGACUGUGAUAAGUGUCAUGGGUUAUUCACACAAGGCAUUGAUCUAGUUUAUUUACUGUUGAAGGAAGAAGGUAAGGGAAGGAAUUAUUGAGUGUUGGUGCUUGUUGUCGAGAAGUCCUUGAAGGGAGUGUGUAUGCGUGGCAAUCCAGGUGCUGUUUUGGUAGGCUGGAGGGCAGAUUACCUUAGUUAAAAAAGAGCCUGGCUUUGAACAGUGUAUUCACUGUCCCUGUGAUGCAGCUUUUUUUUGUCUGUCACAAAAACUGUUCGGGGUAGUCAUUGCCCCAUGACCAAGGCAAUUGGAUCUGGCCCUUCCUUGAUUACACAUUUGUUGUUGUUAUGAAGCUGCCCAGUGGUAUCUAUAAAGUUGCUGGCCGUGGUGCUGAUCUGGGUGUGGCAGUACCCCUAAAGAGACACCUGGCAUCAGGGUCUACAGCACAGGUCUAUCAAAGUCUGUUCUCUUUGCCAUGUGAUUAGCUUUAUAAAUCUAUGUAUCUCACAGUUACAAAUAUACGUAUAUUAUUGUUAUUAGUCUGUAUUAAUAUUUUUCAUGACUUAAGCAUUCGACUUCUUGCUUUGUGAACGAUGUUCUUGCCCACUUGUGUACCAACACUUAGCCCAACUAUUGUGCUUACUUGCUUCUCUCACUGUUCUUCCUACAACUUGCUUCUAUUGGCUAUUUAGCACUGCAGUACAUGUAUCACUACUAGCUCCUCAAACAGUAGAUGCUUGGACUGUAUACUGGCUCUCUUUUAAGUCUUUCUUCAGUGGCCUUCCCAGUCACCGGCUCUGAAUCCAGUAGAACACCUUUGGGACGUGGUAGAACGGGAGAUUCGCAGCAUGAAAGUGCACCUGAAAAAUCUACAGGAACUGUGUGAUGCAAUCAUGUGUGAUGCAAACAUGGACCAGAAUCUGAAAGGAAUGUUUCCAACAUCUUGUGGAAUCCAUGCCACAAAGUACUGAGGCUGUUUUAAGAAGCAAAGUGAGACCCUACCCAUUAUUAAAAUACUGUUCCUAAUAAAGUGCUUAGUGAAUGUA